UUUGAUUUGCGAUAAGCUUCUAGUUUUUCUUUGUUCGUUUCUUCUCCUCUUUGCAUUUCUCUGUUAAAACAGAUGACUUGCUUUUCUUGCGUGAAACCUAGGCGACGGAAGGAUAUCAGAAAAAUUGAAGACAGUAACGGCCUUCGAUCCACCUCUCGACAGUCUCUUGAACAUAGGAGGGGAAGAAGCUUCCCAAGUGGUAAAGGCAACAAUUCUAUCAGCUACAAUUCUACUGCUGCCCGUAGUUUUACAUUUCAUGACCUUGCAACUGCAACACGAAACUUCAAGCCUACUAAUUUGAUAGGGGAAGGGGGUUUUGGAAGGGUUUAUAAAGGGCGCUUGGACACAGGCCAGAUUGUUGCAGUCAAACAACUUGAUCAAAAUGGGCUUCAGGGGAAUCAGGAAUUUGUUGUGGAGGUUCUCAUGUUGAGCCUUCUACAUCAUACCAAUCUUGUCAAUUUGAUUGGUUACUGUACUGAUGGCGACCAAAGACUCUUGGUUUAUGAGUACAUGCCAAUGGGAAGUUUAGAGGAUCAUCUGUACGAUCUGGAGCCUGGCAUAGAGCCGUUGGAAUGGAAUACACGGAUGAAGAUUGCUGUUGGUGCUGCUCGGGGCCUUGAGUAUCUGCAUUGCAAGGCAAAUCCACCUGUUAUCUACCGUGAUUUGAAAUCUGCAAAUAUAUUAUUGGACAAUGACUUUAACUCCAAACUCUCUGAUUUUGGACUUGCUAAACUGGGUCCUGUUGGUGACAACACUCAUGUUUCAACAAGGGUGAUGGGGACAUAUGGCUACUGUGCCCCAGAAUAUGCAAUGAGUGGUAAGCUGACGCUCAAGUCUGAUGUAUAUGGCUUUGGUGUGGUUAUGCUGGAAUUGAUCACAGGAAGAAAGGCAGUUGACCUUUCUAAGCCACAUGGAGAGCAGAAUCUGGUUGCUUGGGCUCGUCCCUACUUCAAAGACCGGAGAAAAUUCGUUCAGUUAGUUGAUCCCCUGCUGCAAGGCCGUUUCCCUGUCCGCUGUUUGCACCAUGCAAUUGCCAUAACUGUGAUGUGUCUUCAAGAGCAGCCGAAUUUUCGCCCUCUAAUGGGGGAUGUUGUUGUUGCUUUGGAAUACUUGGCCUCUCAACCUUACAAAUCAGAAACACACAGCAAUUGGAAAUGCAGUCCACCAAUGUCGUCACCUUCAGAACAAGAUAGGAGCAAGAUUUCUGAAGAGCUAGAUUCUAGUAUGUCUGUUUAAAGGUUGUAGAGCAGAAGAAGAAUGAGACUUCUGAUCAAGUGGAGGCACCAAGUAACUUUUAUGGGCAUUUUAGCUCCAGUUGGUUACAGCAAAGGUUUCCCAACAAUUAGAAGAAACAAAGAAUGUAGCCCUGUUGCUGUUUGGAGAAUACUAUAAGGUAAGAAGGGUUCCUGUUGUUCUA